GGCGCUGUUCGGUUCGCGCAGGACCGAGCGGCUGACAGGCAAAGCGCUGGAGAGAUUUCCCGCCUCAGCCGCCAUGACGCCCGCGGAGGAGCCAGGCAAAUACAUCUUGGGGAUAGACAUCGGCAGCACAGUGAUCCGGUGCCAUGUUUACGACAAGUCGGCGGUGCUCAAAGCAUCUAGUGCUAGCCAGGUAGAAAUCCUUUAUCCUCAGCUAGGUUGGGUUGAAAUGGAUCCUGAAAAUCUGUGGACACAAUUUGUUAGUGUGGUCAAAAAUGCAGUUAAAGCUGCAGGAAUUCAAAUGAGUCAAGUUUCUGCUCUUGGACUCUCAACACAGCGUGGAACUUUCAUUACAUGGAACAAGAAGACAGGAAAACCUUUUCAUAACCUCAUAAGCUGGCAAGACUCAAGAGCUGCUGAACUUACACAGUCCUGGAAUGGAUCUCUUACAAUGAAGGCAGUACAUGGUGCUUCUUCAGUCUUACACUUUUUCACUCGAAAUGGACUAUUUUUGAUAGCAAGUUGUCUUCAAUUUACAACGCAACAUAUCUCUUUAAGACUGGCUUGGGUUUUAAAGCAUUUGCCUGAGGUAGAGCAAGCUGCUAAAGAAGAUAAUUGUUGUUUUGGAACACUUGACACUUGGCUACUGUACAAACUAACCAAAGGUACAGUGUAUGCCACAGAUUAUUCGAAUGCUAGUUCCACUGGAUUUUUUGAUCCCUUUAAGCUGCAGUGGAGUACAUUCCUUAGCAAGUUACUUUCCAUUCCAAUAUCAUUGUUUCCCCCAGUAGAGGACACAAGUUACAAGUAUGGAUGCACUGAUGCUGAAAUUUUUGGAGUGCCUAUUGCAAUAACAGCUUUGGUGGCAGACCAGCAGGCAGCCAUGUUUGGACAAUGUUGUUUUGACACUGGUGAUAUUAAGGUUACCAUGGGGACUGGCUCCUUUUGGGAUAUUAACACGGGAAGCAAAAUCCACACAUCUAAGAGAGGUUUGUAUCCACUGGUUGGUUGGAAAAUUGGGGAAGAGGUGACAUACUUAAUUGAAGGCAAUGCUGCUUCUACUGGGUACUCUGUAACAUGGGCACAGAGCUUAGAUCUUUUCACCAGUGCUGAAGAGACAUCAAAAAUGGCCCACAGCCUGGCCAAUUCAGGAGGAGUUUGUUUUGUUCCUUCUUUUAGUGGGUUGCAGAUUCCAGUGAAUGACCCAUAUGCAUGCACUUCUUUUAUGGGGAUCACAUCUUCCACCACCAAAAAGCAUCUUGUUCGAGCCGUAUUGGAAUCUAUAGCUUUCAGAAACAAGCAACUCUAUGAUACCAUCGUAAAAGAUGUUAGCAUUCCACCUACAUUCAUUCGAGCUGAUGGAGGUGUCAGUAAAAAUAAUUUUGUGAUGCAAAUGACUUCCGAUUUAAUUAAUAAAACAAUAAACAAGCCUGUAUGUACAGACACAUCUUGUCUUGGAGCAGCUUUUCUAGCAGGCCUUGCUGUAGGAUUUUGGAAUGACAAAGAACAAUUGAGAAAGCUAAGACAAACUGACAUUGUUUUUAAGCCACAGAAGGAGCCAAAGGAAUAUGAACCUGCAAUGAGUAAAUGGAUAAAAGCUGUUCAGCGGUCUCUCUCUUGGUACAACCAGACAUCACCAUGAUGAAAUCACUGCAAAACUUUACAUUAAUAUCUAUGAAGCAUUGGUUUUACAGGACUCUAUAACCCCCAGCUCCAAUUGGUUUUAGAGUUGGCUGCAGUUUCUCUUCUGUAAGGUUACUGAAAAAUAUACCAGUUGUCUCACUGAAACUUCACCAUACAGUAGGCAAGGGAUGGAAUGUCGGUGUUUUGUAUGGGAUGAUUUCCUAUAACAACCAAGUUAGAUGUGAUGUGUGAAUACAACAUCCCUUUUAAAAAGAUCAAGUACCAUUCAUGGGGAUUGAUGGAAAUGUAGACAUGAAUCUGCUAUUUGUUACAAGAAAAACUCAUAUGUUGGUAUUUGGAAAAGAACACUAAAGAGACAGAAAUACAUUCACAUGUGUAGUCUGGCCUGAAAACAGGAGACUCUGUAGAUAGGAGGCUGAAUGAAAAGUAGCAAAAAAUAUUUCCCUCUGUCUUCCUUGUCAUUUUCUAUAAAGAAUUUAAACAGAAUUGUAAUCUAGUACAGAAUUGGACUGUUUGCCAACUUGAACAUUGAUUCACACAAAGAAGCGUUGAGAGUGCUAGCCCAAUAUAGAGAUUGACCUACAUUUCAAUUAAUUAUUUUCCUUUUUUAUCAUUAGGCCUUGGAAAAAUUGAUUUCUGGCUACCUGGGGUGGAAAGUAUUAAUAUCUAAAUGAUGUAAGAACUUGGCCAGCUGUCACCACUGCCUAAUAUAGGAAUAGAGGACUUGACAUUGGAUGUUGUUCAACUCCCAGGUCACAUGAACCCCAGUAAGCAUGCCCAGAAGUCAGAAAUGAUGGAAGAUACAGUACAAAAACAUUUAAAUGGCUACAGAUUCCCCAAUCUGGUUUAGGAGGUUGGAAAAUUUAUAUGAAACAAUAUGGCUGUUUGUGAAGCAUCACUACUAAUGCCAAAAGUAUAAAAUGCAGAAUCCUGGGAAUUCUGUCUUGUAUUUCAACAGUUACUGCUUAGUUUUCCAAAUCCUGAACUAGCUAGGAUUGUUUUCUGCUUCCUAGAAGGUCAGCACAACCAAAACUCUUUUUCUUUAAACCACUGUUCAGUUUUCCCAGACCACAUGAAUAUGUCAUUUCCAGUGUUUCCAUUUUUAUUCCAGUCACUGUCUCCCCAGUUUCACUCCCACAUUGACUAUCUGUAUAAAAUAUGCAAGUAGAGUAUGUGUGAAAGAGCGCACAUGUAAUUUUUCUGUUAAUACCUCUCCUGUUAAAUGAUAUUGGUGGGUUUUUUUAACGAACCAAGGGUUUUGCUUUGUUUUUCUAGACUAUAAAGUGCUGCUCCAGUCACUGUAAAUGUAUGUGAAAUCCAAACUUCUUUAUGCAAGUAGCACUUUGUGUUGCCUCGACUGGCAUUUUUCAAUUGAUUCAGUAUUUUUUCACUGAACUAAUUUAUUUUGUAUCUAGCUAAAAAUUAUUUUGUAAUUGAAUUCUGGAGUAGAAUAGAGGAGUUGUCUAUUCUCAUGGACCUAAGUUGCCUGUUGUCAUACCUCAUACCAUGUUAUGUACUAUCAUCUCAUGAUAAGCAAUGUGGUGCCUGCACACACUAAUGUGCCCUCGUAACCUUUCCUGGUGACUGCCAAGGAGCAUACCGCCCACAUUGUGUUUGGGUAGCUGUUCUUUUAACAAAGUUUCUUCUUGGAAGCUGGGGUUAUUUAAAAGCCAAGUGGUGGCCUCUAGCUCUCCCAUCUUUUUCCCCAUGAAUGACUCUGGAACACACAUGGAGCUCAGAGGCAUUCUAGGAUGUGAAGAUGGCAGGUGGCUGGAGGGUCAUGCUUUUAUCUACAGUAUAUCCAUUUUGUUGUGGUGUCCAAAUCAGAUUCUCAGCUGCCAAAUGUGCCCAUGGGACCAAGGCGUUUCUCUUAUCCCUGCAUUAGAAACAUAGAAAACUGUCUUAAACCAGGUUAAAUACUUAGUCUAGCUCAGGAUAGAGUACACUAGUUGGAAAUGGCUCAGCAGGAAAUGGCUCAGGAGCCUUUUACAGACUCAUUAAAGAUGUUGAUGACUGAACCUAGAACCUUCAGCAUACAAAAAUAUUUUUGGUUUUGUUCAUUUUUGGUGAGAAGGAAGGAAUUUAAAAGAAUCUUUGGCAAAAAAAAUCUCUUGAGAUUGCUGUGGCCUUGUUGUGAAGGAUAGCCAUCAUUCAAGAAGGCCCUUCCUUCCAUGUAUAACCCAUUCUUUUGGGGCUAGAUAUAUAAAGAUACAAUGGGAAUUCCACAAAUAGAAACAGAAAAAUAUGGUUAGGAUGUGUUCUGCAUCAGGUAGAAAAUACAUCAACACAUGCAUUUCUGCACCACAGAUAUUAUAUGCAAUCCAUUAUGGAAAUCAAAUUAUCUUGCUCUAAUGGCAGUAUUUGGGAUUUUAGUCAGACUUAGCAGGGCAGAAUCCUGUUUUAUUCUGCCAGAUGACACCAUAACAGUGCCCUUCAAGUGCCUGAAUAAGAAGUUUCCAAAUAGGGGAUUUUCCGUAACAACCUGUGCCAUAUGACUUUCCCCAUACUAGGGCCAGCUCAUAAUUACUGCCUAAUGAUCUGUAUUUUAUAUUUGUAAUAGAUUUUAUUGUUAUAUUGUAUAUUGUGGAUUAUUAUAUCUGGAUGAACUUGAAUUUGUCUAAAAACUGAGUAUUUGCAGAAGGAAAAACAGUUUGAGCUACAGUUUUUUCAUGUAGUAGGCCACUUCUGUGGCAGAAUAUUACUUAACCAUCUCUCACUUGCAGGAAAAUUCUGCAAUUAAUUCUGCAAUAAAAGUUGAACUAUUUUGAAUGAAUGGAGAUGGUCAUUAUAUUCACUCUUCUGUGAGACAUUUGUAACACUAAGUACUAUAUUUUUAAAUUUAUGAAUGACCGAUCUGUAUGAAACAUUAAAUUUUAGGAAUGGAUGUUUUGUAAACUGAAACUAGUUAUUACAAAGUGCUAAAUCAAGUGUGUUUUAUUUACUUGGUGAUCCUUUGCUGCAACAUGUCUGUUGAUGAUCCUUUGUUAAAUGUGUGUACUGAUGAUUAAAUGUACUAACAGGAUUGUUGUUAUGGGGAUAAGAUUGAGAGCAGGAGGAGGAGAAUGAUGUAAACCACUUCCAGUUCUUAAAAAAGUGGGAUAUAAAUCAAAUAAAAUAUAUUCCAAACCUGAAAUUAUUUGGGACUAGA